AUGGCGGACAAAAGCAAUUCGGAAGACAACAAACCCAAGUUCAUGAAGAACGAGGAUGGCACUCCCAUGACCCAAGAACAGCUGCGUCAAAAGUACGGCGUGGACUUCACCAAGGAGGGUCGGGACGGAAAACUCAAGUACGGACCCGACGACCCCACUGCCAUGUCCAACCGGGUGCAGUUUCUGGCCAAGGCCGACUCACAGUACUACGAUCCAUGUGCCGAGGCCUCCAAAAUGUCGCUCAACUGCCUGGAGCGAAACAACUACAAGAAGGCCAUGUGCGAGGAGUACUUUCAGAUUUACCGGGACUGCAAGAAGAUGUGGGUGAGUAAUAAAAAGCAAAGUGGCGAAAUUUUUGAAACGGAGAAUAUAACUAACCCAGCUGGCGCAGCGACGGAAGGACAAGAAGAGUGGUUUCCUCUGGUAGACCAGUACCUGUAUAUAUUGUUAUUAACGUGGAAUGUCUGUGUACCAUAUGAAGCGUACAUGGUGUAG